ACAGUAAGCUGUUGAGUUUUACAUAACAAAAUUGUUUAUUGCUAAUAUCGGUGAUCUUUUAAACGGAAUCCAGAUCAGAAAUUAUCAGUAAAUGCAAGCGGUCUGGCAACGCCCUCAUCAGCUGUCCAACAAGCAAAUUGAUAAGAUUUCUCCCAUGUUUUUCGGUUGAGGUUGAGGAGAAGAUUAGAGGUCAGGAUCGGCGAUCGAACGAUUUUAUCUUCAAGUGGAAUUUCGUCAGCUAAAUUUACGGUUUGACAGCAAUGAGCAGCAUGGAUGUAAAGGAACUGGAAGUAAACAAAACCCUGCCCUAUGACCCCUCCCUGCUUAAGGUGAACAUCUCGCUGCGGCAGGUCGAGGAGAUCGCCUUGACGGUGUCCCAGCGAUGCCAUGUCACCGGAGCCAACGAAAUCGCCUGGGCGCUGAGGGCUCUGAUGCUGACAGAUCUGACCACUUUGGCGGGCGAUGAUACGGCUGCCAAUGUGCGGAGACUGUGCCUACGCGCCUGCUAUCCCUUCGAGCCGCAGUUCUUCGACAAGUUCUUCGACCGGGCUCUCAUCCCAGAGAUGCACACUGCCGCCGUUUGCGUUUAUCCCGCCAGGGUAAAGGAUGCCUAUUUAGCUAUCCAACAGUACGACAAACUGGAUAAGGUGGCUAUUGCAGCUGUGGCCACGGGCUUUCCCACGGGUCAGUACGGCCUGCAAACCCGCUUGCAGGAGAUCAGCCAUGCCAUUCUGGCUGGAGCCACAGAGAUCGACAUUGUGAUCAAUCGCCAGUUGGCCCUUGUUGGCGACUGGGAGGCCAUGUACAACGAGGUGGUCCUUAUGCGCAGUGCCUGUGGACAAAGGGCUCACCUAAAAACAAUUCUGGCCAUCGGGGAGCUGGGCACCAUGGAUAAUGUCUACAAAGCAGCCAUGGUUUGCAUGAUGGCCGGAGCGGAUUUCAUCAAGACCUCCACGGGAAAGGAGACGGUCAACGCCACAUUGCCCGUUGGCCUGGUCAUGAUAUUUGCCAUUCAGGAAUUCAAACGACGCACGUGCCAGAUUGUGGGCCUUAAGCCAGCCGGAGGAGUAAAGACUGUGCGAGAUGCGAUCGCCUGGAUGACGUUGGUCAACGAAACUCUUGGCAUCCGCUGGUUGCGUCCCGAGAGGUUCCGUUUCGGAGCCUCCGGAUUGCUGGACGACAUUGAACGCGUUGUGCGUCAGGGUGUCAAGAAACUGGAGGAGGAGGAGGCUCAGAAAAAUGUGCCCGUCUCUCGCGAGGCUGCUGCUGCCGAGACCUUCUGCAAGGAGCUGCGCAAGAAGUAGGAGGAGGCCAACUGGUCGAAUCUUUAUUCUGGACUUUACUCACUCUAAGUGCAUUUAUUGUAGCUUUUUUAUACAACUGACUAAAACCUAUAGUGAAAAAAAAAAACCAAUCUAUGUUCGACGUUUAUCCUGGACUGGAGACUUGAAGUUAAAGGCUAACUGCGCAGGAGCCGCCAUCAGAUCUUCCUCGGCCUGCUCUUCACCAUGCUGCAAGAGCUCUGUGGGCGCAGCCGACUCCUUGUGGGGCUGAUUGUCCGGAAUCUUUACCUGCAUGUCCACCGCAAAGAAAGAGUCGUCGAAGUUUAUUCGGUUGCGCUCGUCCUGCUCUAAAUACAUGGCUUUGGGCGCAGUUGCUCCGCCCAUGGCCCUCUCAUAGGUGUUCAGCCACUUGAGAUUGAGGUUGAUGUGCUUGUUGGCAGCGUUAAACUUCUUUGGCUUCUUUUUUGGCUUUUCCGCGUAGUAGUUGUGCUCCGUCUUUUGCGGCGGAGGAGCAAUCUUCUCCAGCAUUCGGCUCUUGGCAUCCAGCUUGGGCUCCACAAAGUCGUAUAGAGGUAAAUAGAAGUUAUACGGCUGCUCCGUUGGCGGCAGCAACCGCUGCUGGGGCUGCACUUGCUCCUGCACCUGACUACUGGCCUCCGCCAUGGCAUCUUCCUCUAGAGCCGGGCCAAAGAUUUCCCCAGCACGCCGCAGCAGAUUCUCUAAACGCUCUAUGGUGAUGAUGUGGGGAUGUAUGAGCUGGACAUCGUCGUGCAGCUGUGCCCGCCGAGCUGUCGGCGGUUUGGCCACCACGCUACAGCAAAAGGCGCACAAAACCAACUGCAAGGAUUUGAAAACUUAGUCCGAUUUUCGCACUGAGCGGUCAAGCCCAACAACUCACAACCAGUAAACCAUUCAUGUCCAAUUUAAUUCCCAUAGCUUUGAAUGUUUCACUUUCAGCUCCUCAUAGGCAGUGCUCCAAUUGAACCACCUUCACUUUCUUAGAUCUGAAACGAUGUGAGGCCUCCUUGGAGCUGGCCAAUUCAUUUAUACUGGCGCUACGUGCUCGAAACGGAAGCUCGGAAGUCUCCGCCAUCAAUGGCCAACAAAAAACCUGCACGGACCCUGGCUGGCUGGCUGGAUGGGAGAAAACUAGUUUCCCACACAAGAAAUAAAUAUGUAACGAGCCAACUAACUAGACUGCACAUGUAUGCACACGCCAGAGCGCAUAAUAAUGUUAAUGUAACAACGAUGGUGAUACCGAUGCUGGGAGUUGAACAAACUGGAACUGCCAGAGACGAACCGUUUGCCACUCAUAAUGAGUCCGAGCGAUUGCCUCCUGCCUAGCCGUCGAAAUUGGACAAUUUCAGGCAGUGGCCGAGGAAAAGUCGGGCGGUCCAAGAGCUGUGCGGUGCAAGUGCAUUGACCCACACAAUUAUUUCCGCAGCAUUGGCGACGAAUGUGUGAACUCGUUUCGAUUGUUUCGACUCAUUGCCCGUAUAAGUGCAAGUUCAAAGCUGCAGGAAAUGCUAAACGACGCCAUAAUGGCAAAAGUGUAACGGCCACAACUUGUUCGUUGACACGAUCAUCGAAAAUCACCGGGUUGUGUUACACAUAUGUGGGUUUUAUUCAACGUAUCAGCUCAAUUCUAUUCCUAUCACGAUUGUCGCAGCUCGGGCAGUCCUUUAAUUAUAACAUCCAGCGCCCUCAGGUCCUUGUUGACGGUAUCGCUCAGCACCUCCAUGGCGCGCUGCUGCAUGCUCAGGAAGGUCUUCAUCUCGUCCUCCGAUUCCUUGUCGAGGGCAUACUCGGCCCCACCGUUGGCGGCGAAUUGAUUGCGCUGCAUGCGCAUCUGGGAGAGCAGCUCGCUGAGUCGGCCCUUGAAUUGUGUGGGUGCGGACACGACAGCCAGCAUGUUCUGUAGCUUGGUGCGCAUGGCCUCCUCCUCGGGCGUCAGGGAAGUGCCCACCUUACGGGUGCACUCUUGUUUCACUAUUAUCUGUGGGUGAAAAAUGUGGAUUUCUAAAUGUAAAAUAAAGUUGGGUAUUUAACUACUUGUCCCUACCCUUAGUAUGCGAUGACCGAGCUCGGCCAGUUUCCGUUUAUGUUCAAGUAUCUUCGCUGUGGCCGUGGCGUGGCGCUUCUUGAGUUCUGUCAGCUCACCCUCCACCUUCUUUAUGUACAAUGCAUGCGUGUCCGUUUCUUGCUCCUGACACUUAACGCGCCACUUCAAGUCGCUGAAGCCCACCAUGGGCACUGGUAUAUAUAUAGUAGGAUCUGGAUUGUCGGAAUU